AUGCCCGUUGUUGCCGCCCCCCCUCAUGGAGGAGGCCCUUCCACCUUUGACAAGAUGAAAAUGGGCGCGAUGAUGGGAAGCACUGUUGGCGGUAUCAUGGGUUUUAUUAUCGGAACUGUGACCAUCUUCCAGUACGGCGCUGGUCCCAACGGCGUGAUGCGAACCCUUGGGAAAUACAUGCUCGGAUCGGGUGCGACUUUCGGUCUCUUCAUGUCGAUCGGCAGUGUGAUCCGUACCGAAGGACCUUAUAACGACGCCUGGCUGCGCGCUCGCGGGCCCCCGAUGAUGCUCCCCCGACAGACCCCGCUGCGAUCUACACGCCCAUAG